CUUUCCUAAAAUUAUUCACGUCGCCUAAACGUUUCUUGAAAUAUUCGUGGGUUCUAAUCUAUGUCGGUACAUGACGUUUGUCUCGUACUCAGACCUCCCAUUGCCAAAACACGAGAUUUGCGUGACACCACAUGUUACUAAGUCAGCGAAACGAAAAGGUUGGCUCAGGAAAUUCACUCGUUAGGAACGAACGCUUGUCCGACAACACUUCGAACGCGGAAACAUGAAUUUUAAAAAUGUAGUCCUACUGCUCCUUUAUUCCUUCGCCUUAUUUCAAGGCUUUCGAGGAGAGACAUGCGAUCCAAAGCCUAUGAUAAUACGACAUGAAGGCAAGAAAGAGUGCGUGUAUCUUGACACGAAGGGCAUCAAAACCAUCGGUGUCGGCUUCAACAUGCAGAACAAGGAAGCACCAGCGGUGUUUGCAUCGAUCGGAGCCGAUUAUAACAAGUUUAUCAGCAGCCCUGUGACCAAAUGGAGUGCUCCUUGUAAUUGCUCUACAGUCCCUUGUCUCACUGAAGGGCAGAUAGAAGAGCUGUUGGAUAUAAGCUUGAAGACGGCUAUUGCUGACGCUCAGAAAGUGAUUCCAACGUUUGCGAGUCUUUGCUGUCCCGUGCAGAAUGUGAUGGUCGACAUGUCGUUCACUUUUGGCGGACCGAGAUUUGCUCAGUUCACAACAUUUUCAAAGCUUGUUGUACGUCAAUUCUGGAAGGCCGCCGGUGAUGAUUUAACAGUUUCGCUUUGGUGUACGCAAGCUGCAGCACGGUGUAUGGAAGACGCCAACAUUGUCAGAAGUGGAUGCGGUUGCUCCCAGCCAUAUCCACAGUCUUGCGACUCUCAAGGGUCAGCCUGUUGUGCCAGUGCCACCCAACAGACCUGCUGUAAAGGUGAGUUUAAGUCAAAAAUUGGAUGCCAAGUGAGUUUCGGUUUACAUCCUUUAGAGGAAUAGCCGCGGCCACUGACCUCAGAAGGAUGAGACGCAGGCGUUUUCGAGGACAACGUGUGUAACUGCUACAGCUGUUUGUAUCCUUUAUAAUCCACUAAUGUGUUGGAAAGCCAUUUUCUUAGUAUUUCAGGUCACACGUUGCAAGAAGAGCUGUUAAUUCGCAUCAGUGACAAGAACAUUUCACUUCCGGGUCCACGCUUCUCUACUGUUAUUUAUCGUAGAAAACUCGAUUAUGAAUGUGGAUUAUGACGACUUCUUGCCUUGAUUUAAAAAAUGCCGUUUGUGUAAGGAAGAGCUGCUCAUUCUCGUGCUUCUUUAAGUUAACUAAGAUCAUGUUAGUUUUUGGACAAGGUGCCAUUUUUGAGCAGACUUCCGAGUCAGUUCACUCUUAAGGCGUGUCAUGGAAACCGAAACCAUAUUCGUUUUCUCUCUAGUUGCCAUUCUGCGCGAGUUUCAGGCCCUAGCAGUCAAUUUUAAACAAUUCAUUAAAUCAAUUUUGAAAUGAAUACCUCACAAUGACAUUUUAACGCCAAAUUUAUUCUUCCUCAUGCAUUAUUAAGCCACUGACAGACUUUUUUUUUACAUUUUAUUGUAAGUAACCGAUCUAUCUUAUUGAUAACUUUAAAAAGCUACAGCGUUCUCUUUCAGGCACCUUGACUUUUAAAAGCAAAACAUUUGAUGAACAGUUGUGUUGCCCUCUGCCCAAAGCGACUUGCUGUGAGCACGACCAAUGCUGUUCAGAAAACUCGGUCUGUUGCCCUGCUCCGCCCGCGGUGCCUACUUAUUGCUGCCCAAUGGAUUACCCAGUGUGCAAGGAUGGAGAGUGUUAUAGAGCACAUGAUGGGCACAUGAUCAAAGGAAAGCCCGUCGCUCAAGGAUUUGUCUCACCAUGAUCUUUUUUAGUCAA